AUGGAAGGUGCGCCAAGUGGUAGGGGCGGUUUUAGAGGUCGCGGUGGACCUGGUGGACCGAUGAGAGGACGCGGUGGCUUUGGAGAUAGAGGAAGGGGUGGUCCACCUAGAGGAGGUAGUAUGAUGCGAGGUGGUCGCGGUAGUGGACCUGGAGGUGGAAUGAGAGGUGGUCCACCAGGUAUUAGAGGUAGAGGUGGUCCUCCAGGAAGAGGUGGACGCGGCCAUUUUCCACCAGGAGGUCCUCCAGAACCUGGAAUGGCUGGUGGUCCUGGUGGUGGCCCUCCGCCCCCAGGAUUAGGUGGUCCACCAAGAGGAGGAAGUAGAGGAGGUGGAAGCAGUGGCUUUCGUGGUAGAGGGAGAGGAGAUUUUGGUAGAGGAGAUAGUCGUACUCCAAAUAAUAAUUUCCGUGGACGUGGUGGUAUGGACAGAGGAAGUCGUGGUAGUUCGAGAGGUGGCUCGAGUAGAGGUGGUCCAGGUGGAAGAGGAGGUUUUGGAGAUCGUGCUAAUAGAGGUGGAAGAGGUGCACCGACGAAAAGAGCAGGUGGUCCACCGGGAGCAAGUGGUCCUUCGAAAAGACCAAGAUUUGAUCAGCCAUCUUCACAACCUUCUAAUGGUUAUGCAACACAACCUCCAAAUCAAGGUGGAUAUGGAGGAGGUGCAGGAAAUGCAUAUGGUGGAGGUCAACAACAGCCACCACAGCAGCAACCAGUAGGAUACGGUGGAGGUUAUGGAUCACAACAAGGUUAUGCACAGUCAUCAUAUCAAGGCUAUGAAAGUUAUCAACAGCCACCUGACUAUGCACAAGCUGCGGGGUAUCCACCAUCGGCGCCACCUGAUAAUAGGUAUGGAGGAGCUCCUGCUGUGCCAGCAACUGGAGCAUUUAAUACUGGUGAUCCUUAUAGUUAUGGAAAGGCACCACCUUCAGCUAGUUACCAGCAGGAGGCAGUAGCAGCUGCAGUUGCAGGGGGUGGGGGUCCGGGUUAUGCUCCUGCUAACCCGUAUGAUGACCGAUCUUCUAAUGCUACCACCAUGAUCAACAGGGGUGGUUACUCUACGCAACCUUAUGAUUAUCCAAAUCAGGAUGGAGUAUACGGCAAACAGGAUUAUGGUGGCAGUGCUGGUUACCAAAACGCCCAGUCUCAGCGACGUUAUUAAAUAUUGCAUACACAACUAUUUAAUUAUAAACGUCAAAUUCUUUUAUAAAUUCGAAACUUUGUCUAACGUGUGAAAUACUUGGAUACUAAUAAUUUAUCAGUCAGAAAUAUAAUAUGGAAUUUGACAGCAGUAAAAUGGAUAUACUUUAUAGGUAUAAGAAUUUUAUCUGCGUUAAAAAGAAAAAAAAAAAAAAAAGAAAAAAUAAACAAGAUGGUAAAGCAUUAUAGGAAAACGUUUUUCCUAUCUUCAUCGCGCUAAUGGAAAUUAUGAAAUGGCGCGAGAAGAACAAGAAGUUGUUCAAUUAUAUGAUUGAAAAGUAUAAAUGACAAGAGCGUUUUAUACUUGACUAGCAGUAUAUAGUAUCUACUAUGUCAUGUUUCGCUUACACAAUUUUAUAGGAUUAAGUUUAGUUGCUGUACAGUCUUCUUCAUUCACUUUGCGUAUUGUAAAAUAAAAUCAAUUGAUAAAAUCAUUAUUGUAACUGUAAGGGCAAUGAUGUCAAGUUUUUUUGUGAGAAUGAGAUUAACUUUUAAAGAAAUUUAAAUAUGGAAUUAUUGAGAAAUACAAAGCUCAACACGCAUUAUGUGUAAAUCUAUAUUUCCAUAGUGUAUUCUAUCUGUUUAUUUAAAAGAACUAUAUAAAUAUAAUUUUAUUAGUUGAUGGUACCUUUUUGUGCGAUAAUGCGUUAUUUUUUUAUUUGGGAUUGUCUUAAUGAUAAAAAAAAAAAAAAACAAACAAACAA